CACAAAAACUAUCCCAAAAAAAGAUGUAUGUUACAAGGCAUCUUUCACACUAUAAGAAAGACCCUAAUGCUCUUUCGGGGUCACUCCCUGACCCUGAGGGUCCAAAUUCAGGUUACCUUGUUCUUCAAGAUGAAGCAGCACAAUCAUAUUGUUGUUUUGGUUUGUGGAAGAACAAUUGCAUAAGCCACCUACCUUUUCCUCAGGACAAGAACUUGACAGUUACUUAUAUUGAAGGCCAUGGAGAAGAUGUCACAAUUGAUCUUGACAAGGUUAUUUUCAUUCCAGUUCUUAAUCAAUCAUUGUCUUCCAAUCGCUACUAUGUUAUUCGGAGGAAAGGAAAGCAUCAAGGGGAAGCAUGCACAAGUUCUAAGCAAGAGGACAUGAAAAAUUGUUUAUUUUGCAAGUGUGUCAAAGAUGUUAAACCAAGACCUUUGGAUCCCUUCAACGAAUAUCAGCAAUUUGAGAUAAUUAAAACCCGUUGCGGGUUUUAUGCAAAGCCAGUUGCUGAAGAUGCCUUUCCUCCUCUGUUUUUAAGGAGAAAAAGUUGGAGGCUUUGUGCCAAGACUCCACACAAUUACACUUUGGAUGAAGCUCUUGGCAUAAACCAUUCCUUGCGUGGCCAAUUAUUACCAACAAUAAAUUUCCCAUUAUCUAAUGAUCGUUCUGAUUCAGUGGUAAUUGGGAAGUGGUAUUGCCCAUUUAUGUUUGUGAAGGAAGGAAUGAAACUCAAGGACCAGAUGAAAGGAUCCGUUUUUUAUGAGAUGACACUUGAGCAAAGAUGGGAGAAAAUUUUCUCAAAGAAAAAUAGUAGUAUUGGUAGUGAGGGAAGAAAUGAAGUGUUUGUGGAUGUAGUUGUUGAAACAGAAUUGGCAAUGGUGGAUGGAAAGCAAGCUUUUUGGGAUGAAGGGAAUGUUGAUGAUGGUGUGCUUUGGUUUAAGAGUUUGGAUAAUGUAGGAGGAGGAGUUAGUGUUGGAUUGAGUUUGGUUAUUGUUGAGAGAAUGAAAUGGGAGCAAGAAAGAGGUGGUUGGUUGGGUUUUAAUAAUAAUAAUAAGCAAGUGAGGGUAACUAGAGAAGAGAAAUUUGAAGGGGCUCAGAGGUGGGAAGAUUUUGGGUGCUUUGUACUUGUGGAAAGCUUUGUUUUGAAGAGAAUGGAUGGAAGUGUGGUGGUAACUUAUGAUUUUAGGCACACUCAUCAAAUUAUGUGCAAAUGGGAGUGACUUCUUUGUCAUUUCCUUGGUCUACAAUUAGUAAUUAUUAAAAUAAAACGUUUAGGGUCAAAGUUUGAAAGUUAGAGAUAGUUAUAAUUUGUGUUUUCUUUGUUUUUUGUUUGCUUUGUUAAUUACCGUUGGAAUAAAUGCCUAAGAUUACGUG